AUGUUGGCAGUAGGCCUUCGUACGGCCAUUGGCCUCUUAGCGCUGAUCCCGUUUGCUCACGCCCAGUUUCCACCAACUCCCGAAGAUGUUACUGUUCUCAAAUCUAAAUUCGGUGACGGCGUUACGAUAAGUUACAAGGAACCCGGCAUUUGCGAAACGACACCAGGGGUAAAAUCCUAUGCUGGAUAUAUUUAUCUUCCUCCAGGUACGCUGGCAGACCUUGGAGAGGAGCAGGAAUACCCCAUCAAUACAUUUUUCUGGUUCUUCGAAGCGCGAAAUGAUCCCGAGAAUGCGCCUCUGUCCAUAUGGCUUAAUGGUGGCCCUGGGUCCAGCUCGUUAUACGGGCUCUUUACCGAGAAUGGUCCUUGCUAUGUCAAUUCUGACUCUAACUCGACUAUUUUGAGCGAGUGGGCAUGGAAUACCGACGUUAACAUGCUAUUCAUUGACCAGCCGACUCAAGUGGGCUUGUCAUAUGACACAUUGCAAAAUAUCACCGAGAACCUAGUUACUGGACAGAUAUUUAAGAUCAAUGAGACUGAUACAAUUCCCGAACAGAAUACUACUCUCCUAGUCGGCACAUAUCCAAGUCUGAGCAGAAAUCAAACUGCCAAGGGCACUCGUAACGCCGCCAUUGCUUUCUGGCACUUCGCUCAGACCUGGUUUCAGGAGUUUCCGGGAUAUCAUCCGAAAGACUCGAGGGUAAGCAUUGCCACCGAGUCCUACGGUGGUCGGUAUGGUCCAGAGUUUGCCGCCUUUUUUGAGGAGCAGAACCAGAAGAUUGAGAACGGCACAUGGAAUGAUGAUGAUGGCGAGAACUAUAUCAUUAACCUCGACACUCUGAUACUCAUCAACUCGUGCAUCGAUCGUCAAAUACAAUGGCCCGCAUAUCCUCACAUCGCGUUUAAUAAUACCUACGGUCUUGAGACCGUCAAUGAGACUAUUUAUCUACAGAUGGUAGACGCUCUCGAGAGACCUGGCGGCUGUCGCGACCAGAUCAACGACUGCAGAGCCCUGGCCCUUGAAUACGAUCCCGACAACAUCGGGAUCAACAAUACCGUUAACAAGGUGUGUUCAGACGCCGAGACAUUUUGCUCCAGCUAUGUCCGCGAUCCUUACCUCGACUACUCGGGACGUAACUAUUACGAUUACGCCUCAAUUGAUCCUAAUCCGUUCCCGGCUCCGUUCUACAAUCUCUACCUUAACCAACCGCAUGUUCAAAAAGCGCUUGGAAUUCCCCUCAAUUUUACCCAGUCCUCGAACGCCGUCGCCUACGCUUUCAGGGCAAUUGGUGACUAUCCCCGGCCGGGAUGGGUUGAAGACAUUGCUUUUCUACUUGAAAACGGGAUCAAAGUGCAUCUGAUGUAUGGUGACCGAGACUUCGCGUGUAAUUGGAUCGGUGGCGAAGCCGUCAGUCUAGCCGUGAACUACACGAACACUAAGAAGUUCCAUGAUGCAGGGUACACGGAUAUCAUCAUCAACGAUACAUACAUUGGAGGACAAGUCCGGCAAUACGGCAACUUCUCCUUCUCGCGUGUGUACGAGGCAGGCCACGAAGUUCCGGCGUACCAGCCCGAAACGGCAUACAAAAUGUUCUAUCGCGCCCUGUUUAACAAGGACAUCGCGACUGGCACCGUCGAUCUUGUCGGAACUACCGAGUAUGCCACCGAGGGGCCGGAUGAUACUUGGGCGAUUAAGAAUGAGGACCCCCCGGACCAUUUACACUUCUGUUUUAUAUACGACACGUCUACGUGUACCGAGGAACAGAUCGAGAGUGUGCUGAACGGCACUGCUGUCAUCAUAAACGGCAUCAUCAAAGAUAAAAACUCGACUCAGCUAUUUCCCGAGUUUUUCGGCGACGAGGAUGAUGGUGGGAACGGCCAAGGUAAUUCUUCUUCGCCCUCCCCAUCUGCGACGAGCACUGGAGGGGGUGCUUCGGAAACUGGAAGUAGUACCGCAGCUAGUAUCGCUAGAAGUAGUGUUGAUAUAUGGAGUUUUGGGCUCUGGACUGUAGCUUCGGUAUUAAUGUAUGCUAUUCUAGCUUAA